AUGGUUAGAGAAACAAAGUUUUACGAUGUUUUGGGCGUCAGCCCUGAUGCUUCUGAAAGCGAGCUCAAGAAGAGCUACAGAAAACUAGCUUUAAAGUAUCAUCCUGAUAAGAAUCCUGAAGCUGGUGACAAGUUUAAGGAAAUCUCUCAUGCUUAUGAAAUCCUCUCUGACCCUGAGAGACGUCAGAUGUAUGAUCAGUAUGGUGAAGAAGGUUUGAACGGUGGACCUGGUAUGGGCGGCAUGGAUGCUGAAGAUCUCUUCUCUCAACUCUUUGGUGGUGGUUUCGGUGGUGGACGUAGAGGCCCUUCAGGUCCUCGCCGUGGAAAGGAUAUGGUGCACGCUUUGAAGGUCAGCCUUGAAGAUCUCUACAAUGGUAAGACCAGCAAGCUUGCUCUUCAGAAACACAUUCUCUGUGCCAAGUGUGAGGGUAAGGGUGGUAAAGAAGGCGCUGUCCAAAAGUGUAAGACAUGUAAUGGCCAAGGUGUUCGUCUUGUCACUCGUCAAAUGGGCCCCAUGGUGCAACAAAUGCAAGUUCCUUGUGAGAGCUGUCAAGCUACCGGUGAGAUUAUUAACGAGAAGGAUCGUUGUACCAGCUGUCGUGGUAAGAAGGUUGUUGGCGAAAAGAAAAUUCUUGAAGUGCAUAUCGAUAAGGGUAUGCGUGAUGGACAAAAGAUUACAUUCUCUGGUGAAGGCGAUCAAGCACCCAACAUUAUUCCCGGUGAUAUUAUCAUUGUAAUUGACGAGAAGCCUCAUGCCCACUUUAAACGUCAAGGUGAUGAUUUGAUCUUUGAAGCAAAGAUUGAUCUCUUGACCGCUCUUGCUGGCGGUAAAUUCGCUAUACCCCAUCUUGACGAUCGUGUCCUUAUGGUCAACAUCUUGCCCGGUGAGGCUAUCAAGCCCAAUGAGCUCAAGGUUAUUCCCAAUGAAGGUAUGCCUGCUUACCGUACUCACACUCGUGGACAUCUCUUUGUCAAGUUCACCAUUGAUUUCCCCGCUCCAAACUGGACCACACCUGAAAACAUUGCUCAACUUGAAAAUAUCUUACCUGCUCGCCCUGAGAUCCCUUCAUUCGGUGACAAGCACGUUGAGGAUGUUGUUAUGGCAGAUGCUGAUGCUUAUCAAAGAAGCUCUAGACAAGGUAGCAAUGCUGCUCAUAUGCAUGAUGGUUAUGAGGAUGAGGAUGAUCAUCAUGGUGCUGGACCCGGUGUUCAAUGUGCUCAACAAUAA